UCAAAGUUGCGAAGGAAAACUAAGACCAGAAGAUUCCAAGAACAAAGUUGCAGAUUAAAUAUUUGAGCUUUUUUGGGGAAUUUGAGUGGCAGCCGGCAGGGACCUAUCUCCGACAAUGGGUAUCUACCAGCUAAGAUACCCAUGGUCUAAAUUGGCCAGCUCAUCAUCUCGGUCACCGCAUUCCCUCUGCCCGAACUGCCCGCCCCAUUCUCAUAGUCAUGGCCGCUCAGACACGCGGCAGGAUUCUAGAAAUUGUAUUCUAAGCUUCAGCUGUCCCCUUUCCUCAAACUAAGAAAUCAAGAAGAAACACAGAAGACGAAAAAACGGCUACAAAACUCACAGUCAUCAGCUUCAGCAGACAGAAUUCCCGCUUUCCAGGUUUCACGUGGUGUUCACUACAACCCGAUGACUUCUUCUGUCCACGAUUAUUCUGAUAAUGGUGAGGCUGAUAAGCUGCAAAAGUACUCUGAAUCUCAGAAUCAUUCUUCAUCAGUCAUUAAUGGACUAAAUCAACCCGGCAUCACAGCCUCAAAUCAGUAUUUAACACCUCUACAAGUUGGAGCAGAACAUGCUUUGGCACCCCCUGCUUAUCCAUAUCCAGAUCCUUAUUUUAGAAGCAUCUUUUCUCCUUAUGAUGCUCAACCGUAUCCUCCACAGCCCUAUGGUGGGCAACCUAUGGUCCAUCUGCAGUUGAUGGGAAUUCAGCAAGCUGGUGUUCCUUUGCCAACAGAUGCAGUUGAGGAGCCUGUUUUUGUGAAUGCUAAGCAGUAUCAUGGCAUUUUGCGACGUAGACAGUCCCGUGCAAAGGCUGAAUCAGAAAAUAAAGCUCUGAAGUCUAGGAAGCCAUACUUGCAUGAAUCUCGACAUUUGCAUGCGUUGAGGAGAGCUAGGGGUUGUGGUGGACGGUUUCUCAAAUCAAAUAAAAAUGAGAAUCAACAAAAUGAAGUGGCGUCAGGUGAUAAAUCACAUCCCAAUAUAAAUCUUAAUUCUGAUAGAAGUGAUCUAGCUUCUUCAGAGAACUGAUGCCUGAGGCAUUGUUGGUGAAUGAUGAACAGCGCAUGCCAGCAAUUGUAAGGAAAUUGAAGUCCCAAUACCAGCUUCAGUUGUGUUAGUAAUACUUCAUCCUUAGUCUAUACUAGCAGCAUUCUAGCAUAUAGGUUUCAGUAGCUGUUACUUAGGGAGGAUCCAAAAUGUAGCAGGCAAAAGUAUGCAGGAUAAUUCAUCGUCAAUACUGAAGUGAGUAAGCUGAUUGUUCUAUUUAUGUUUCUCCCCAUCUCAAGAAUAAGUGAAGUGGUAGCUUUUGGUUGUAAUGAUCCCCAAGAACAUAAUUCAUCGUAAACACUUUUCCUUUGCCAUUUUAGUUGUAAUGAUCCCCAAGAACAUAUUGUAUAUUGGUAGCUUUUGGUCUUAUACAGCAUCUCCAUGUCAGUCUUGGGGAAGUUUUGAACCUGUAAAUAACGAGAAGGUGAAUUGGUA